AUGGAUUUUCAGGUAUUCCGAGAAAAAGCAACGUUCGAUGAGGCAGAAAAGCGAUGCAUUUCAGUGGGAGGGCAUCUGGCAUCUAUUCAUAGCGAACAGGAAAAUAAAUUCGUCACAGAGUUAUCAACAGACGGACGGAGAAGAGAAAAACUGGAAUUUAAGUCCUACACAUGGAUUGGCCUACGACAAAACCACUAUCCGCUAAGCAGAGAAUGGACCUGGACGGAUGGA